AUGAACAAAAUAUCGCUCUUUCUCUUUCUAACAGUCUCUAUUCAUAUCUAUCUAUCUCUCUAUCUCUCUAUCUAUCUAUCUAUCUAUCUAAGUCCUUCUGUUCAUUAUCUAUCUAUCUAUCUAUCUAUCUAUCUAUCUAUCUAUCCUUACGGUCUGUCCCGUUUUCUAUCUAUCUAUCUAUCUAUCUAUCUAUCUAUCUAUCUAUCUAUCUAUCUAUCUAUCUAUCUAUCUAUCUAUUCCUUACGAUCUAUUCCUUACGAUCUGUCCCGUUUUCUAUCUAUCUAUCUAUCUAUCUAUCUAUCUAUCUAUCUAUCUAUCUAUCUAUCUAUGGGUCACUUUUUAUCUAUUCUCUUUUUAAUUUUCUUUUGUUUCCUCCCAACUUGCAGACUCUCUCCCUGCCUGCAAUUAAUUGUUAAUUCAGUCAAAGAUUCCACUACAAUGGAAAAAGGAAGUGUAACCCAGGCGGUCGAUUCCGAUUUGUCUGACUUGAGACGCCAGGCUCGGCAGCUGGAGAAUGAAAUUGAUUUAAAAUUGGUAUCUUUUAGUAAAUUAGGUACCAGCUACACAAGUCAACGGGAAUAUGCCAGAACAUCUCCCUAUCUUAGAUAUGUGGAACGGAAAGCCGUAAGGUACUUGGUUAUCUCCCCUUUUGUGUGUCUGCGUGUGUGCUUGCAUCUCUCUCUCUCUCUCUCUCUCUGCUUAUGUGUGAUUUCUGUUAAUGUUUGCAAAAUGAUUUCCUUUACAAGAUUCUAA